AGUGACAUCGCUUCUAUGCUGCUUCUUCUCCAUCUCUUGCCACCCACAGCGGGAGGGAAGAGGACCAAAAUAAGUCCAAGUGCUGCAGUGGAGAAAAUGGUGCACUUUCAUAAGUCAUGCUGCUCCAUCAAUGAAUAUCUGCAGGAAAGGGAGAGUAAACAACCAUACAUCCUUGCCAUUGGCCGAACCCAGAAGGCGAUUGAUACCUUCUACAUCGCCGUUGACAAACAGCUCAUCCUCUGCCAAGCCACCAGCUCGUUGGGUGCUUUUGAUGAACUGUUUAAAUCCCACUACGUGUUCAACUUGUCUUAUGAUGAGUCCCUGGUCCAUUUCUACACUUUUCUGCAGACAACGGUCUACAACAUUGAUGUUACCACAACAGAUGAGUCUCCAAGAGUUUGUGAGUUGCGGGCAAAACUUUUGAAUGACAUAUGAAUAUGUUUAAAUGUUUUGUAUGUCAAGCAGUGCAUGCUACCAGUCAGUGCCUAAUAACUCAUUUGAGAAUCUGCCACAGUUUCUAUCCAAGCACUAGGUUUAAGUUAGUUUGUGCACAAGAUCAUUGUAGGCGUCAGUUUUCAACAUUUUCAGGUUUUAAAAAGCAUUUAAUUAGUGUGCACGAUAAGGAUUGUCAAAGUGGUGAUGCAGAAACCUCAGAGUCAUUUCAGGCGGAUUUUCACAGUUUACAAAAUAGUACAGAAGUUGGAACAGAAGCAACAAGUGUCGUGCAGAGCCCUGACACUGGGUAUUUUGAUAAAAAUGGAUCAGGUCAAAGUAUAAAAGAAAACACAGAAGAUAUCUCUGCUACAAUUAUUGCCAAACUCCAUGGUAGUGGAAUGGCAAAUAGUGUAGUUUCGUCAAUUGUUAGUGAUUUGGAAGAAUUUGCUGGUGGUCUGCACUCCCAAGUUAAGCAUGAAAUACUGUCUGCCGUGCCAAAAGAUAACCCUGUAAGAUCUACAUUGGAAAAGGGUUUUGACAAUUUAGAAAACCCAUUUGUGAGUUUUAAUACUGAAACUAAAAGAAUGAAGUAUUUCAACAAAAAAUGGGGAAUUGUGGAGCUGCUGGGAAAAAAUUUAGGAGUUAGAUUUGAUACAAGACGAAAUAAAAGUACAGGUACUUAUGAUCAGGUCCCAGUGAAAGACACUUUAGUUUACAUUCCAAUUUUGGAAACUAUUAAAUGUAUCUGUCGCAAUUCUUAUAUUUGUGAACUACUUGCAAAACCAUGUGUAUCAAAAGACAGAUAUGAAGACUUUUGUUAUUUUAAGUCACAUCUAUUGUUCUCAAAAACACAGAGUUCUUUACUAAUUCAGCUUUACUAUGAUGACUUUGAGACUGCUAACCCACUAGUUUCAAAACGUGGUGUUCACAAAGUUGGUGCUCUUUAUUUUGUCCUCUGAAAUCUGCCUCCACAGUUAAACUCUGUAUUGAUGAACAUUCAUUUGGUGGCAUUGUUUCACACAGAAGAUGUGAAAAAAUAUGGCUUUGGUCCUAUUUUACAGCCUCUAAUUGAUGACAUCAAAAUAUUGGAGAGUGAUGGCAUUGAUUUGCCUUUCUCAUCUGAAAAGGUCUAUGGCACUAUAUGUCAGAUAACUGGGGACAACUUGGGGAUGCAUGGAAUAAUGGGUUUUACAGAGUCUUUCAGUGGACGUCACUUCUGUCGUUUGUGUUUGAUUGAAAAAGAGGAUGCUCAGAAUGUUUACAAAGAGGAUGACCCAAAGAUAAUCUUGCGUGGAAAAGACAUUUUGGUCUAAAGAAGAAUUCAACUCUUAACAGCCUACAGUACUUUCAUGUUUGCUACAACUUUUCUUUGGACAUAAUGCAUGACAUACUUGAAGGGGUGGCUCAGUAUGAGAUAAAGUUACUGUUUGAAUAUCUCUCGGAAAAUGUGUUGUCAAAACCUGGUCCUUUGUCACGAAUCUAUGCUUUUGACUAUGGCUACUUGGAGCGCAAAAAUCGUCCGACAAGGGUCAACUUGGACAGUAUAGGCAAUAAUAUAGGACUCAACUCUAUUCAGACUCUUUGUCUGGUAAGAAACAUUCCUUUGAUUUUUGGUGACAUUGUGCCAGAAGGAAACCAGAAUUGGACUUUACUGUUGCUUUUACUGCAGAUAAUUAACAUCAUAUUCUCUCCAUCUGUUACACUAGGCAUGACUGCAUUUGAAGCAUUUAAUAAUGGAACACCAUGACUUGUUCAAACACUUGUAUCCAGGUAGAAACCUGAUUCCUAAACAUCAUUUUAUGUUACAUUACCCGUCUUGUAUUCGAAAAAUUGGACCGUUAAUACAUAUGUGGAGUAGGAUAUUUGAGGCAAAACACACGGUUUUCAAAAGCACACUAAAAAACUUCAAGAACAUCACUGUAUCACUUGCCAAAAAACAUUAAAUGUCGAUAGCGGCCAAUUGGGAAACCUCUUCUUUGAACCAUAUUGAGUAUGGACCUUUGAAAACAUUUAAUGUGGACAAUGAGGAAAGUGGUGAAAUGUUUGCCCAAGCCCUGCCCGCUGUAUCAAAAGACAUCUUCUCUACUAACUGGGUAAAGAUCAGCGGGGUAGAGUACAGAGCCGGGUUAGUCAUUUUCAGUGGUACAGAACAAGAAAUGCCUGUGUUUUGCAGAAUAAAAAACAUACUUUUAGUCAACAGUGUGAUCUACUUCAUAGUGAAUAAGCUCAUGGUUGACCAUUUCAGUGAGCACCUUCAUGCCUACAAUGUGUUUGAAAGUGAUGAAAAAAAUGUGAUGAAAGUAGACAGUCUUCAAAUUUAUAAGCCUUUUGACUUACAAAGUGCUUAUGGUGGAGAUGAUAGCCUUUAUAUUGUACCAUUAUGUUCUCUGUAAGUGUGCAUAGAGUUCAGUUGUAUGGUGCUUGGAUAUUUGUAAUUAAAAAAGAUUAAUUCAUUGAAUGUUUGUUUUUUCUGGUAGUGAAAAAGCAUGUUCAGAACAUCAAAUGUGACACAACUGUCAUGAAUACACUUUAGUGUAAAAUAACACUGAAUGAUUUAAAUUAACACUUUUAAGAGUAAGGGAGUAACACGAUUUAGAUGUAAAAAUACACUUUAAAGUGUCAUCAAAUAACACUGUGAAUGUUAGAAAUUAACACCCUCAGUGAAAAGGAAUAACCCCAGUUUAGUGUAAAAAUUACUCUUAAAUGUGUUAAGAAACAACACUCUAAGUGUUACAUUUUUAACACUAUUAUGGAGUUAAAAUAUUAACACCGUCCAAA